AUGUUUAAGAAUACCUUCCAGUCCGGGUUCCUAUCCAUUUUAUACAGCAUAGGCUCGAAACCACUUCAAUUGUGGGACAAAAAAGUUAGAAACGGUCAUAUUAAACGAAUAACAGACAAUGAUAUUCAAAGCCUAGUUCUUGAAAUUGUUGGUACUAAUGUGAGCACCACAUUUAUAACAUGCCCCAGCGAUCCAAAAAAAACACUCGGCAUUAAGCUUCCUUUUCUUGUAAUGAUUAUAAAAAACAUGAAGAAGUACUUUACGUUUGAAGUUCAGGUUUUGGAUGACAAAAAUGUGAGACGUCGCUUUCGUGCCAGCAACUAUCAGUCAACAACUCGUGUAAAGCCGUUUAUAUGUACAAUGCCGAUGCGGUUAGAUGAAGGUUGGAAUCAGAUUCAGUUUAACUUGUCGGAUUUUACGCGUCGCGCCUAUGGCACAAACUACGUCGAGACCUUGCGCGUACAAAUACACGCGAACUGCCGCAUUAGACGCGUCUAUUUCUCGGACCGACUUUACUCAGAGGAUGAGCUUCCGCCAGAGUUCAAAUUGUUCCUGCCGAUUCAAAAACCAAUUCAAAAAUCAAAUGCCAUAUGCAGUUAAAAUCUACUCUUUUAUUUACAAUCUCUUAUGUAUGUAUGUAUAUAAUGUGCAUCGGAAUUCUUGGAACUGUUUACUUAAUUUUGUCAAUUACAGCACUAGCUAGUGCUCAUGUGUCCAAAUGGCAAGUUUCAGUUAGGUCAGUUCUAAUUUGAACUAAGGAAAGUUAUAACUAUAAAAGCCAUCUAGACUAAGCAGCUUUUGCUACAAAGGUGUUCCAGGUACCGUUUGUAUUUUCAUUUUAUUGUUAAACUCGUACUGUGUUGCACAAGCAUAUGGUAAGUGCUCGCGGACAGAGUUGUUUUUUAAUCUAAACGCAGCUACAAUUUAUUCUUUUUGCAUUUUAUUGUUCCGGAAUUUUUGGGUUAACUUCUCUCUCAUUUUGAUAAAGGACUUCCUCACACUUCUUAAAGCCCUCGAUGAUUGUAGGAUGCGCUGCUGAGGGGCCUUUCUUAUUUUCUGAAGUAGUUUGAAGACAGCGGAGCAGAUGACAAUGAAUAGCGUUGCAUAUACAUUAGGUCCUCGAUCUUGAUACGUCUUGGUGGCCAGUUAUAUUUACCAGCGGGAAAUUUUUUGAUUUUCAUAUGAAGGUCCGUUGAUAUGUACCUUAUUCUUUAAGGCAGUGGUUCCCAAAGUCGUCUGGGCUACGACCCAUCUAAUACAAGUUUACAAAUUCUGGACACAACUCUCAGGAAAACAAGCGUUACUAAUAUGAAUAAAUGACUUUUGAAAUAACAAAGAUUAA